AUGGCUACACCUCAGAAGGGAGAUUUGUCAGCAUCUGAGAGGAAAAUCCUGCAAGUUAUUGCUGCUGGAGAUGUACAUGAAGCUACCCAGCUGCUCAGUAGCAACAAAGUACGAGUCAACUGUCUGGAUGAGUAUGGCAUGACUCCACUGAUGCAUGCAGCCUAUAAGGGCAAGGCAGAUAUGUGUCGUCUGCUGCUUCAGCAUGGGGCGGAUGUCAACUGCAACCAGCAUGAAUAUGGAUACACCGCUCUCAUGUUUGCCGGCCUAUCAGGGAAGACGGACAUCACCUCUAUGAUGCUGGACGCAGGAGCAGAGACAGACUUGGUGAACUCUGUGGGUCGCACUGCUGCUCAGAUGGCAGCUUUUGUAGGCCAGCAUGACUGUGUAACAGUAAUCAACAACUUCUUUUCGCGGGUGAGGCUGGACUACUACACCAGACCACAGGGGCUGGAGAGGGAGCCCAAACUGCCCCCUGGGUUGGCAGGACCACUGCACAAGAUCAUCAUGACAACCAACCUCAACCCAGUCAAGAUAGUCAUGCUGGUGAAGGAGAACCCUGUGCUGGUGGACGUGGCAGCUCUGGAGAAGUGUUAUCAGGUGAUGGACCUGCUUUGUGAGCAGUGUGUGAAACAGCAAGACAUGAAUGAGGUCCUGGCCAUGAAGAUGCACUACAUAAGCUGCGUGCUACAGAAAUGUCUGGCCUUCCUACAGAAACGGGAUGACAAGCUGGACGCACUUGUCAAGAGCCUGUUGAGGGGGAGAGACUGUGACGGCUUCCCACAGUACCAGGAGAAGUUCAUUCGGGACUGCAUCAGGAAGUUUCCGUACUGCGAAGCCACACUGCUUCAGCAGCUGGUGAGGAGCAUUGCACCGGUAGAGAUUGGCAAUGACCCAACAGCGUUCUCAGUGUUGACCCAGGCCCUGACAGGCCAGAUGGCAUUUGUGGACGCUGACUACUGUGCUACAUGUGGGGAGAGGGGAGCAGACAAGAGAUGCUCUCUUUGUAAAGCAGUGAUUUACUGCAGCUUGACCUGCCAAAAGCUUCACUGGUUCACCCAUAAAAGGAUGUGCAGGUCCCUGCAGGGGCAGGAUGCCAAUCAGGAGAGGGACACUCCAAGGCUGAAAGAGCUGAAAGAUGAUGAGAGUGACCUGGUGAUGGAGACAGCCAACUUCCUGCAGGAGCUGUGUCUGCGGGCAGAGGAGAAGGUGGCUGCUGCUGGAGGCUGCCCUGCAGAGCUGCUGGCCUGUCCAUCCACCUCUGUUGAGGGACCGUCCUACACCCAGGACUGA